AUGAAUCAAGAAAUGAAUGGAGUAGAAGCUGAAAAGCUUCAAGAGAAAAUAGAUUAUGUGUUUAAGGUUGUUGUGAUUGGUGAUUCUGCAGUAGGAAAAACGCAAAUAUUGUCAAGGUUUACAAAAAAUGAGUUCUGUUUUGACUCAAAAUCAACCAUUGGUGUUGAGUUUCAAACAAAAACUGUCACUAUUAACGGUAAGCUCAUCAAAGCUCAGAUCUGGGAUACUGCUGGCCAAGAAAGGUACAGAGCGGUGACAAGUGCAUACUACAGAGGAGCAUUAGGGGCCAUGCUAGUCUACGACAUAACUAAAAGACAAACAUUUGAUCAUGUUGCUAGAUGGGUUGAGGAACUGAGAUCACACGCCGACGGUUCGAUCGUCAUCAUGUUAAUUGGUAACAAAGGUGAUCUUGUGGACCAAAGAGCUGUACAAACUGAAGAUGCUGUGGAGUUUGCAGAGGAUCAGGGCCUUUUUUUCUCAGAAACUUCUGCUUUUAGCGGUGAAAAUGUUAACUCUGCUUUUUUGAAGUUGCUUCAAGAGAUUAAUAUGGUUGUUUCUAAAAGGUCUUUGGUGUGUAAUAAUGGGAUUAAGGGAAAUGGUAAUCAUGAUGUUGCAGCACUUAAAGGGGAGAAAAUUGAUAUAAUUUCAGGUUCUGAAUUGGAAAUUAGUGAAAUGAAGAAAUUGCCUUCAUGUUCUUGUUGA